ACAGGAGGCAGACCCUAUUCCCAACCAUACCCAUCCAGAAUAUCCUGUCAUUCUACAAGCAGCGCAAAGGCCCUAAUAGGGCGAGAGGCAAUUACUUUACAAAGCUUCUAAUCAGACAAAAAAAAGAAUAGCUUCACUAUGAUACAAUUUUAAAAGUCUAAAAUGUAUUCAGUUUGACCUUGUUACUCAAAAUUAAUUCAAAGUAAAAUCAUAUGUUUGGUAUUUGACUAAUAUGAUGAUAAGGUGUGUUCUUUGUGUCACUAGGCGUAAGAUAUUUAUCCUUGAAAAUAGUAAUAUAGUUUUUUACUUAUCGUUAAUAUAUUAAUUUUUAAUAUUUAAAACCAGUAGAACUAUAUUGCCAUUUUAAAUACAAGGUGGGGCAGAAUGGACUCCCUGGUUUGAAGGGUUAAUUGUAAAAAUAUCUAAGAUAAUUAAAAAAAAUCUUUUUAUUUCUGAAAACUACAUAUAAUGCCAUUUAAUUUUCAUUAGGUUUUGAAAAUGAUAUCGUCCAGGUGACAACCUUGACGAGCGUUGCACACAUUAAGUCUUUCAAAAAAGUGUUAAAAAACUCUGUCCAGCAUAGCUGGCAUUAUUCCAGCGAUGACAUCAGCAAUUGCUUUCUUAAGGACUUCCAAGGACCUUGGUCGAACUUUAUAAACCUCAGAUUUGAGGUAACCCAAAAAAAAUAAUCACAUGGGCUCAAAUCUGGGGAACGAGGGGGCCAUGGAACAUCCCCUCGCAAUGAGAUUAGGCAGUCAGGAAACUGUUCUUGCAGGAUUUGGCAUGAGCAGUAGUACCAUCCUGUUGAAACCAAAAGGCUUUCGUAUCAUUUUCCUUACCAUACUCUUCCAUUUUAGGGAAUAAAAAGUUCUCCAACAUCUCACAAUAGCGUACAGAGUUCACAGUAACAGUUGCACUUUCAGUUACAGAUUCAAAAAAGUAAGGACCAAUAAUGCCUAUGAAGGAUACAGCGCACCACACUGUCACUUUUGGUGAAUGAAGAGGUCUUUGGUGAAGAGUGUGAGGUUUUCAGCUGCCCAGUACUGAAAGUUUGCUUAUUUACUGAGCCGGAGAUGUGUAAAUGGGAUUCAUCGCUAGACCACAGAAUAGCACCGGCUUGCAAAGAGGCUAACAUUGCAUUGCAAGCAUCUGUAUGUUUCACCCAGUCUUCUGGGCCCUAUUCUUGAACAACCAUCUGUAGGGGUGUAAGUGAAGGUCACAGUGAAAUAUUCGCCUUACCAUUCUGGUCGAUAUUCCAAGAGCGAUAUUCCAUGUUUCCACUCAGAGCGCGAGGGGAUUGUUUAAUAGACACUCUUACUACCACAAUGUUUUCCAGUGUCCUCUCACUUUUUGGUUGCCCACCUGGUUUUCUAGGAAGUAUAGAUCCUGUCGCCCGUACAUUUGUAAUCUGUUUCCUUACGGUUUUAGCAUCAGGAAUACUGUCAUGACUAGUCAAACCAAACCUCCUACGAAAUGCACUCUGCGCCGUCACUACACUAUCGUUUUUUUUUUAACUAUUCUACGACAAAAUCACAAUGCUUGGUAGUUCACUGCAUGGUUACACUAAAAUGGUGUCUUCACCCCCACCAAACGCCAUUUCUUCCACUCCGCUAACUGCCUUGCACGCUCUUCAGUGACUAAUUGAAAUUAGGGAGUCCAUUCUGCCUCAUUACCCUAUACCUAUUGUAUAAUUUGGUUUAACAUUCUGUUCUUAAUAUUUUACGAUAGUCAUGAAUAUUGAGGAUUGGAUACUCAUGAAUAUAGAUGCUCUGAUUGUGGAGGUGGCUGCUUAUCAUACAGCAGCCCUCCACCAUAUUAAGGGCGCAACUGAUAUCUUGUGAUGGAGGUUCAUCUCAACAGGCCUAGAUAUUGCCCCAAUACUGGAAUACUUGGGUCAAUAAAGAAUCGUCAGGAGCCUAACAACUCAGGUUGGUAACAUAAUAUAUGAACGAAUUGCUAAAAAGCCAAGAGACUGUGUUUUGCUCUCUAAACGAAUUUUAAAUGGUUUUCUUGUUACAGGACUAAUAACAAAUGAAUUGGUGGCCUCUCAUAGGAGAUCUCACUGCUAUGCCAUUGUUUCGUAAGAUUCGAUCUCAAGGCGGGGGUAGAAAUGGUACUUUGUUAUUAUCCGAAGGCCACUAUUUUUGUAAGGAUCUUCCUUGCCGGCUUCUUCUUCUUCUAUGGGGCGGCCUAUUGCCAUGCACUUAAGCUUCAAGAGUCUUUUGCGCACACCAGAAGCACACCAUGAGGCCUACCAGUCUAUGAUUUCAGCAGUUUCACAAACCGCCGAAAACAACCUAUCAGGUCCUCCUGUGGAAAUUCACCACCCUUGUCCAAACUACCAAAGAUGGCUAUUUAAGUAGGUCAUGAUGGGGAGAAAUGAAGAUCAACUGCCUCCAUCUGAAGCUUUGCCAGGUAUUGGAGAACACCCUGUUGUGUUCCACAAUGGAACAGGUUUUUUCUACAUUUGCAGAGAAUACGCUUCAGAACUCGAUAAAAGACUGUUCGAAUGUAUACAGCCAGAAUGUAGGGUGACCGCUGGGAUGGGAGAGGGCACUGGAUCCCCUCUCAUUGACGUUGGUAGACACAGCCACCCUCCGGACCUCACCUAUCGGGAGAAGUGUCUUUUGCUCCAUAAUAUUCGACAACGGUUGAGGCUACAAGAAAUACCAGCCUCUGAGAUCCUACGAGAUUCUCUUUCUUUACUUGAAAAAGACAACAUUGCUUCACCAUCCUCUAUUCAUGAACCUGACACAUUUGAAGAACCAAUAACAAAAGAUUUCCAGAUUGUUAAAAUGGAGAGCAAUCUCAAUCUGGAUGAUGUUAAUGAAGACUAUGAUUCAUCAUCAAAGAUUUCUGAUAGUGAGGAACAUCACACUCAAGUUUUUCACACUAAGCCUGAACCGAUCACCACCCUUUACCUGCCAGAAGAAAACAUGAUGGAGACAGCUGGUUUAAUAAACGAGAAUUUUCCUGAAGUGGAAGUAAAAGAAGUUGAUGUAGAUAUUGAGGACUGUAACUUACCAUCCAGGAGAGCAAUGAUUAGAGAAAUGAAGAGAGAAAAUUUGAGGAAAGCCCAACAGUCACUAGCCAGAAAACAAGAUAAUAGCUUCACAAGAAUAAAAAGGAUGCCGUUUUAUAAACCAAAACUAAAAUACACAGAAGAAGCUGUAAUUAAGGCCAUCAAAGCUGUUGAGAAUGGAAGUACAUUCAGAGCAGCAAGCAAAAAGUUUAAUAUUCCUGAUUCUACUCUUCGAGACAAGUACUAUGGGCGAUCUCCGAUGGAAACCACUGAAGAUUGCCGAACGUCCAUUCCAACAGUCGAAAAGGAGAAGAUGAUCGCUGAAAGGGUAAGAACAAUGAUGCAAGAUGGAUUUCCCGUCUCCAGGCAGCAACUGCUGGCUAUAGCAUGUGACACUUUGAAUACACCAAGUACCAAAAGAUGUACCAAGGACAAUUAUGCACCUAAUAUGAAGUGGAUAGCUGGUUUUCUGCAGAGACACCCGGAAAUAUCGGACCUGAUGGAGUAUAGCCAAGCUGUAAGCGAGAGGAACAUUUUUGAAGUUGACGGAAAUGUGGUUAUCGAAGUGGUCGAUGAUGAUGAUAAAACAAUCGCAUCAAGGUCUUCUACACUUAGAAGUUGUGUAAGGAGAGAGUCAUCGAGGAGUGUCAUCACAUGGACAUCUCCUCCAAUCUCUCUUGGCGGGGAAGAUAAUUUGAAAAGGAAAGUACCUAAGAGAAGGAAAAGGACAAGAAGACAAUACACUUCUGAAGACUUGAACAGAGCCAUACAAGCUAUCAGAUGUGGUGCUUUUAAUGUGGCUACAGCUGCUAGGCUGUUUGGAAUACCCCAAACAACGCUAAACGAUAAGACAAAGAAAAGUAGACAGUGGCUAAGAAGAAAAAUGUUGCAGGCAUCAGUUAAAAAAGAAACAGAAAAAAGCAUCUACAGUGAUGACAAAUUUAAAGAAGCUAUUCAAGCCGUGAAAUCUGGGAAAUCUGUUCACUUAGCAGUCCAGGAAUGUGGCAUUCCUUUCUCAUCACCCCGGAUUGAGAUGGUUGGCUCUUAUAAUCAUUCCAAUAAAAGACCUGGUAAUUAUAAAACGUACACCAAUGAAGAUGUCGAUCAAGCUAUCAAGGCUAUCAAGGAAGGGAGUACUUGCACUCAAGCUGCCAAGACAUUCGGACUGCCACGAUCAACGUUGCAGGACAAAUUCAACCAAAAAUACAAUUUGACACAUGCAUUUUCUGUAACAUGUGAAGAUGAAAAGACGAUUAUAGAAAAGUUUGAAUCGAUCUCACAGGAAGGUUUUCCCAUCUCUGAGCAGCAGCUAGUGUCUAUAGCUGUCAACACUCUCAACAGCAAACACAGAGAGAGCUCCACUCCACCUAUCAAACAUGACAUGAAAUUGGACUUUUGGCUCGCAAACUUUCUAAGCAGACACCCAGAGAUAAAGGAGAGACUGUCCCUAGCACCACCCACCGAGGACCAGCUGCUCAGCUGGUUAUGUGAUGAUGAUAAUAAAUAUUUGUAAAUCUGCUA